AUGAAUGAGAAUCUCAACAAGACCGAAAUUCUGCAGGAAUCUGCCGUAUUACCGCAAACUCGUUUCCGGGACAUCAAUCGGAAUCUGCAAGCAUUGGAUCUUGACAAUUCCAGGCGCUUCAAUCCAUUCAUGGCAGCUUUUGGAGUGCGAGUGAGCUCGACACCACUCACUGUUGAAGGUCAUCGUCGGGGUGCACCACAAGUUAUAUAUUCUGAUGCGGGAGGCAGAGGUGGCAUCAUCAACAUCGAUUCAAGAAAUGCGAACUGGCGGAUGACUGGCAAGGAAUAUCUCAUAGUGGCACAGCUCAGCUGCUGGUUCAUUCUUUACGACGAACAAAAAGAUGAAAAAAUGGUCUUGUAA